GGGGCUUUGAGAGCUGUCCAAUCAGGGGCGCCGCUUGGGCAGGUAGGUGGGGCGACGCACCGCUUUGGCUCCGUUUUCACUCCCGCAGACUCGGCUAGUGAUCCGCUUUCCCACCUCUCAGAGACGCUGGCUGCACUGCCUCAGAGUCUGUCUUGUUGUGACCUGCUGUGAGAGUCGUAGGAAGGACUCAGGGAGACCCGGGAAACCUAGAAAUGGAUUCAGUGACCUUUGAGGAUGUGGCUGUGAACUUCACCCUGGAAGAGUGGGCUUUCCUGGAUCCUUCACAGAAGAAGCUCUAUAGAGAUGUGAUGCGGGAAACCUUGAGGAACCUGAUCUCAAUAGGAGAAAAAUGGGAAGAUCAUGACAUUGAAGAUCAGUACAAAAAUCAGGGGAGAAAAUUAAGAAGUCAUGUAGUUGAAAGACUCUGUGAAAGUAAAGAGGGUAGUCAGUGUGGAGAAAACUUCAGCAUUAUUCCAAACUUCAAUCUGAGCAAGAAAACUAAUAGGAUGAAACCACGUGAAUGCAGUGUAUGUGGAAAAGUGUUUACACGUCAUUCAUCCCUUAAGAGACAUAUGAGAUAUCACACUGAACGUAAACCACCUGAGUAUCAGAAAUAUGGAGAGAAGCCAUAUAGAUGUAAGGAAUGUGGUAAAGCCUUUGGCUAUCUCCAAUUUUUGGAGACCCAUGAGAAAAAUCACAGUCGAGAGAAAAAACAUAAAUGUGAGGAAUGUGGGAAAGCAUUCCAUUCCCGUGCAUCCUUUCAAGCACAUGAAAGAAUCCACACAGGAGAAAAACCCUACGAAUGUAAGGAAUGUGGGGAGGCCUUCAUGUGGAGCACAGGGUUUCGAAGACACAUGGUAACACACACUGGAAAUGCUUCAUAUACAUGUAAGGAAUGUGGGAAAGCUUUUAAUUGUUCCUAUUCAUUGCGAACACAUGAAACAACCCACAGUGGAAAGAAACCCUAUCAGUGUAAGCAAUGUGGAAAAUUCCUUAGAUACUAUCAUACUUUUAGAACACAUCAAAGGACUCACACAGGUGAGAAACCCUAUGAAUGUAAGCAGUGUGGUAAAGCCUUCAGUUGUCCUAGUUCUUUUCGGAAACAUGAAAGAAUUCAUACUGGGGAAAAGCCUUAUGAAUGUAAGGAGUGUGGGAGAACCUUCAGAGGUCUCUCAAGCCUUCGAGCACACAUGAUCACUCACACUGGCGAUGGACCUUAUAAAUGUCAGGAAUGUGAGAGAGCCUUCAUUUCUCCUAGUUCCUUUCGAAUACAUCAAAGGAUUCACACUGGAGAGAAACCCUAUGAAUGUGAACAAUGUGGUAAAGCUUUCAAUUACUACAAUUCCUUACAGUCACACAGAAGAACUCAUACUGGAGAGAAGCCCUAUGAAUGCAAGGAAUGUGGGAAAACCCUGUCCCAUCAGCAAACCUUAAAAAUACACAUGCGGCUGCACACUGGAGAGAAACCCUAUGAAUGUAAACAAUGUGGUAAAGCUUUCAGAUAUUACCCUUCCUUUCACAAACACAAACAAAUUCAUACUGGAGGGAAACCCUUCGAAUGCAAACAAUGUGGUAAAGCCUUCAGUCAUUACAAUUCCUUACAGUCACAUGGAAGAACUCACACUGGAGAGAAACCCUACAAAUGCAAGGAAUGUGGGAAAGCCCUCUCCCAUCACCAAACCUUGAGAGUACACAUGAGACUGCACACUGGAGAGAAACCCUAUGAAUGCUCACAGUGCAGUAGAGCUUUCAGAUAUUACACUUCCUUCCAAAAGCACAAACGAAUUCACACUGAGAAGAAAUUUUAUGAAUAAGGAAUAUAGAGAAGCCUUUGGUCAACCAGCUUCACUUUGAAAAUGUUAAAGAAACCACACUGGAGAGAAAACCUAUCAGUGUAAACAAGGUGGGAAAACCUUAAGAUAUUUUCAAAGUUUGCAAACACAUGGAAGGGUUCCCAUAGAAUAGAAACCUUGUAAACCAUGUGGGAAGUCCUGCAAAAAUUAUACCUCCUUAGAAAUGCAUGAAAGAAUUCAUACUGAAAAGAAACCCUGUGACUGUAAGGGAUAUGGAAAAGCCUUCAGAUGUUACCAGAGGUUUUUAUUUCUUUUUGAUGACUUGAAAAAGAUCAGAGUGGAGGGAGUAUGGUAAAGCCUUCAUUUGUCACAAACCAUUUGAAGAGAGUGCACACUGGAGAGAUACUGUAUAAUGUAAAAAAAUGUCAGAAAACUUUCAGUCAUUCCAAUUCCAAAAGAAUGAAAGGACUCACUGGACAAAAACUCCUGAGUUAAACAGUUUCGGAAAGAUUUCAAUGAGCCCACAUCUUUACAUGUGAAAACUCACAUUGGAAAGAAAUAUAAGUAAUAUGAGAAAGCUUGAUGAAAAUUUAUGUGUAACAGGAAAAAGUUAUUAAAGUUGGAAAUACAUUGUGUUUAUCAAUCCUCUUUCUUAAAGUGCACUAUUGGACAGUGGAUUUCUAGUAAUUACUCUCAGAAAUGAAUAUGAGGGGAGAUGACUCUGUGAGUCAUGUUUCCACAGUGGUACAUAAAAUUAAUAGAUAGAACUUUUUCUUUAAAUCAGUUUUAUUUUCUCUUUUCUUCUUGAAGCCAGUUGGAUCAUAGGUGAAUCAGAGUAAAUGCCUAAUAAUUCAAUUAGGUUAAAAUUGUUUUAUAAUGUUUGAUUUGCUCUGUGUUAAGGGCCCACUGAGAAAUGACAGUUUGGUAUUUGGAUUUUCCUAACAGCCUUACGGCAGUUCUCGGAUAUCUCUAGUCCAAUAUAUAUAUUUAUCUUUCUUACCAAGCUCUUUUGUUGGAGUGAAGAGUAUAAGAGCCUUUUAACAUUUUCUAUGCUAAUAAACUGUUCAAUAAAUAUUUGUGUACACCUCACUUAUAAAUGAAUAUAGUUUCUAUGUGAAUAAUUAUUUUCAUAUUUAUAUCUUGCUUUGUAUCUUUCCUUCUGACUAUAAUUUGGUGAAUAGACGGAAUUAAGAAGAGUGGCCUAGGAACUUCCCUGGUGGUCCAGU